CCUUGUAGACAGCAAAAGAUGCCCUCACAUCUCUGUACAUCUAAGCCAUCCAAAGAGAAAGUUCAUUCCCAAUCUCCACAACACAGAACCACAACACUUUGAUUUUUUCUUUUCAAGACACUAAAAAGAGCAGAAACCAAAGCAAAAGUAAAACACACCCUACGAUAUUUUUUCUUUCUUCAGUUUUUAGCCAAAACCCACUUCUGAAAUCUUCUCAAAAUCCCUCCUUUACUCUCACAAGUUGAAAUGAUUUGAUCCAUUUUAAGUUGUUCCUCAGAUGGGUUUUACCUCAAAACCUCAGCUUUUACUUGUUUUGGGCUUAUUUUUCUUUGCAAAUCUUGUUGAAUCUGCUCCUGAUUAUUCUGCCUUGGUUUAUAAGGGCUGUGCAAAGCAAGUUUUUCAAGAUCCAACUGGAGUUUACUCUCAGGCUCUUGCAGCUCUCUUUGGUUCUUUGGUUUCACAGUCCUCUAAGGCCAAGUUUUUCAAGACCAGUUCUGUUAGUGGCCAGACCUCCAUUAAUGGUCUCUUUCAAUGCAGAGGUGACCUGAGCAACAGUGACUGUUACAGCUGUGUGAGCAAGCUCCCAACUUUAUCAGACAGGCUGUGUGGCAAAACUGUUGCUGCUAGAGUUCAACUUUUUGGGUGCUAUAUGCUUUAUGAAGUUAAUGGGUUUACUCAGGUUUCAGGGAUGGAACUGUUGUACAAGACUUGUGGGGCAACAAAUGUGAGGGGCAGUGGGUUUGAAGAGAGAAGAGAUGCAGCUCUUCAAGUGAUGGAGAAUGGUGUGGUUACUGGCCAUGGAUUUUAUACUAGUAGCUAUCAAUCUGUGUAUUUGUUGGCUCAAUGUCAAGGUGAUGUGGGAGAUUCAGAUUGUGGUGAUUGUGUGACAACUGCUGUGCAGAAAGGUCAAGUUGAGUGUGGGAGCUCUAUUUCAGGCCAAAUUUAUCUCCAUAAGUGCUUUAUUAGUUAUAGUUAUUAUCCCAAUGGAGUCCCCAGGAGACAAUCUUCUUCUUCUUCUUCAUCAUCAUCCUCUUCUUCAGAUUCAUCAGGGCCAGGGCCAAACACAGGAAAGACCGUGGCUAUAAUAUUAGGAGGGGCAGCAGGAGUUGGAUUUGUAGUUAUUUGUUUGAUGUUUGCUAGAAAUUUGCUGAAGAAACAUGAUGAUUAUUGAGGAAAUAGGUUGUUCUAAAGAGGCAGAGAGAGAGAGAGAGGGAGAGUUCUUUUUCGAGGUGGACUGUUUCUAUAUUUUGUUUCUUUCUUUACUGAUGGGUUUUUUGUAAUGCAUAGAAUUGAUAAAGAAAAAGAGAAAAAAAGGACGGGCAAAAUGUGGGGUUUUUGAUGUUACAUUUUGAUGAAGAAGUAACAUUAGGGUAUCAAGUUAUAAACAUGAAUUUUUUCACUAAGGUGAAAAGAGGAUAUGAGGAGAAUGAAUGAAUGUUUGUUCAUUUUGA